AUGCUACGUUUGGAUGGGAGCACACUGGAGGGAGGUGGCCAGCUUGUCCGAAAUGCGCUUGCACUCUCCGCGAUGACGGGAUUGCCUGUCACGAUUAACAACGUACGAGGGAAAAGGCACGGCCCGAGGGGUUUAAGGAGGUCGCAUACUGCCGCUAUACAAUCCCUCGCCGAAGUAUGUGGCGGGUGCAUUGUUGGUGCUCAGGUAGGAUCGUCAGAGAUUACAUUCUAUCCCCGAUCCGUUGAGGAUGGGAAGGGGGAAGAUACGUUCCCCUCUCCACAGCAGAAGUUGCGAUUGCAACCCCUUCCUGCGACAUCGGGCAUCCAAUCAGAAUACAACAUUCAACUUACAACUCCUGGUUCUAUCUUCCUCAUUUUUCAAGCCCUAUAUCCAUACCUUUUGUAUGCUGGAGCAAGCUUACAUUGUAAGGACGGGCGUGUGAGCGAACCUUUGUCUCGCAAAGUUAUCAAGUUGAACAUUACCGGCGGCACGAACGUAUCCUCAGCCCCGUCAUACGACUACGUAUCUCAAGUGCUCAUCCCCAAUUUUGUGAAACUAGGUCUACCGCUACUCUCCGUUAAGUUGAACAGGCGUGGGUGGAGUUCUGGCGCGGUCCAGAUAGGCUCAGUGUCCUUUGAAAUCGAACCCCUUGCAGCCCCAAGUUCGAAAGAAGUUGAACUACGCAGAUCGAGUUGUCGCAGUCAGGGACAGGUUGUUGAGGACUCCGGGUCCCGGACAAAAGCCCAAAGUGAAAUCCCCCCGGCUGUGCAUCCCAGGUUUCCCCGUAUAGAUUUAGAAAAUUUGGACCCUGGGUUCAUAACGGAAGUCGAUAUCACAAUUUUAGCGCCGGACACAACUCUUCAACAGGCCGUAGAGUCCAACCAUUCUAGAGGUGGCCACCAGCGAGGCAAAAAUCAAAAUCAAAGACGAGAAAGCGGGAAACACUUCCGAAAACAUCAUACUGCAGAGCCUGCAUUACCCAAAACAGCAUUGGGGGUGGAAGAAUCCAGAUUCUUAGAACCCACGGUUCCUCCAAACGAAGACUUUGGCCAAGAUUCUAGUUUUCAACCGACGAUCCGUCAAUUCCUCGGGUGUGCAGCAGCAAAAUCGGUAACCAGAGCACUCAAAUCACUAUCACCUAAACCCAGAACGAGGGGCCAAACAUCGAUUCCGGAAAUACCGCUUGUGAAAAUACAUACCACAGAACCAACGCAUGAUGUUUCGCAUAUCUACAUACUUCUUGUUGCCCACACAUCAACCGGCUUUCGCCUCGGCCGGGGGAUGUUGUAUUCCGAAUAUAAGUCGGGGGAAAAGAACAAAAGACAUCACACUGCCAAUCCCGAGAAAGGAAUGAUCGCCUUCCUGCGGCCGAUGACUGACGAGUGCGUUGCAAGUUUAAUAAGAGAGUUUCAUGUGAACCCAAAGGAGAAUUCAAGAAAGGGUACAAAUGGCUGUUUGGACACAUUCAUGAGAGACCAGGUCGUAGUUUUCGAAGCCUUGGGACGACUGGACGAAGAGGUAAGAGAGAAAAAGCUCAGUAAGCAGAUCGAGGAAGACAGUGUAAGCCUGCACACCCUCACUGCAAUGUGGGUUUGUGAGCAGGUUCUAGGGAGGAAUGUAAAUCUCAAUGGACCUUAA